GCACCGCACCACAUGUCCCAUUCCUCUGUUUUUUCGUCUUCUUUAAGAUAUUACAGUUCCACGAAGUUCCCAUCUUUGUUUGUUUGCUCUUCACUUCACAUCUACUCUCUCCUCUAUAUUCUCUCUCUUUAUCUCCUUCAUUCCUUUUUUUUUUUCCGUGUGGAAUUUUCUGUUUGUGAAGAAUGUUGAUCAAGAUGAAAAAACAGAGAAAUAACCGGCGAGACUUGCGUUCUCUGCGUGUUUGACGUUUUAAUUACCCCAAAACAACAGAGAGACCAGACCCCCUUUUUCUCUUGAGAGAAACAAAUGGGUUGUUAUUUUUGAUAUUGUUGAAUGAAUGUAUGUUUGGUUGUUUUUAAUUCUGCUAAUUUCUUCUUCAGACGAGUCAAUUUUGAGAGAUGGGUUGUUUUCAAUUUUUAAUGUUUUACUUUGGGGGACGUUGAAAUGUUCAAAGUUUUCUCCUUUUUGUCAACAAACAUUAAAUAUAGCAUUCUUGAUUGAGCAAGUUUCGGAAGAAAUGGCAUCUUCUCAGGUAGAAAUUGCCUCUUCUUCUUCAUUUGGUCAUGUACUUAGAGAUCGUAACAGGCGUGAUCGAUGUACUCAUAGGGAUUCCAAUGUUUUCCAGAAGAAUCUAAAAGAUUUGGUCCAUACACAUAUCCAUUCUUGUAUUUCUUCAAGUCAACCCACAAAUACUAAUACGAAUACUCAUUCUUCUGAUGCCAAUGAAAAUUCCCGGCAACACCGACAUGUUGAUUAUGCAGAUUUAUGGGUUCAUAAACCGCAAUGGGACAACAAUGAGAACACUCCUACAACCGUUGAUAAAUGGGAUAGAGCUACUAGAGAAAUGGUGAUUUCUUCAAGGCCAACAAAACAGAAAGGAGAAGCGCUUGAAACUACCACCGUCGUCGAAGUUCCUAAUUCAGGCGGUGUUUCUACUCUUGUCCGACGGUGGAGGGAUUUUGAAACGGUGUCUAAGACCGUGAAUUCAAAUUCGAAUCCGAGCAGCGCUAAAAGCAAUUGUGAAAAUGCUGCAUUUGCGGACUCAAAUGUAUCUCAGAGAGGAGAUGAUACAUGUGAUGAAUCUUCAGUCGAUGGACGAUUUGAAACUCCGGCUGCAAGCGUGAAUGGCGAAUCGGCUGGGGAUUGGGAACAGGUGUAUAAAACUGCUAUGAAUGAUAUUCAGGGUUGUAAAAAUUCAGAUACUAAUAAAGAAAGGGAAAAGCUUAGAGUUGCUGAUAUUAUUAAGAAAUUGGCAAGUAGUAAUGGUGAAGAGAAUCAUGAGAAUGAAAACAAUUGUACUAAUGCUGCUCCUCUUGCCACUGGUGAAUGUUUGCCUCGUAUUAAAACAUCAUUUGAUCAUUCAGAGCAACAACUACAACAAAGGAAUUUUUUCCCCGUUCUGCAUUCACCUCGAAUCAUCAGAGGUCGAAAGGCAUUAAGCGAUUUGCUAUUGCAAAUGGAGCGUGACAGACUCAGGGAACUUGACACUCUUAGGGAACGAAAGGCUGUUUCCAAGUUCCAACAAAGAGGUCGUAUUCAGGCUUUGCUUAAAGUUAGAUUCCUGCGUCGUGUCACAGACACCAGAGAUAAUCGAUCAACCAAUGGCACAUCAUCCGAAUCAAAUAGAGUGUCUAGCUCUGCAAUCAUGCAUAUCAGGGAAAAGUUCAAUACAGGAAGUCAAAAUGGUGUAUCUGACUCAAGAAGCCUCUCAAGAGAAGCAGCAGAGAACACCCAGGAAAACCGGAAUUCCACACCAAAUCAGCAAAGAGUACAGAACUGUGGUAAGGAGAACAAAGGUAAUAAUGCUGUAAAAGUUGGAAGUGAAUUAGCAUCCCACAAGCAAAGAGAAGGGAACCAGAAGCAGGAGAUUAUCAGAGAGAGUGCUGCAAUGCAGCCUGGUGUAGCUGACUCAAGAAGCAAUAGCAGUCCUAAAUCCGAAAUUGCUUCUACAUCUACACGAGAGGAUCAUCCUGAGCCGAUUGACCCAAUGACUCUCUGCAUAAAUGUGAUAGAUAGCAAUACACAAAUUGGAAAAGUUUUUCCAUCCAAUCAACUGCAAGAAGAGAAUCCCCAUGGGGAAGUCAAUAAGAAAAUAAGUCCCCGAAUGAUGACAACAAAUGUAAAAGCUACUAACUCAUCAAAUUCCCAGAAAGAAAUGUCAAUUCAUAUCCGACAUUCUGACAGUUCUUGUAGUCCGAAACAUAAUGAGGUAGACUGUAGUCCUCAAGCAGUUAGCCCCAGUUUACUACAUUGUACUUCACAACUGCACAGCUCAGAUAUUCCCCAUGACCAAGCUAGCUGGGAAAAUGCAAGCUGUCAAGCUAACCAUGACAAGUCGCUGGAAUUUUUAGAGACAUCAAGAUCUCCUAAGGAUAGUGAACAAAGUGUCCAUAGAGAAGAACACGAUGCAAAUAAACUGCAGCAUGCAGGAACUAGUAAUGAGUGGUCUAGUGAGAGCACCAAACCUCAAAGUGACUGUGAAGAGGAAGCUACCAACCAAAAUCUAGUGGACAGUGAUUGUGGCUGGGUAAGUGAUUAUUCGCACACGCCAAGUGGAUGGGAUGAACUACAGUCUAACUACCAGCAGCAAUCAGAAUCCAACCAAGACUGGAUAAAUGAUGUUUCUCGUCCACGUGAAGAGUGGGAAGGUCUUAGACAAGAAAGAUACCAAGAGAUGCUUGAUCCCUUCCUAGAGAAUCAUGAUAUUCGCCAACUUCUUAACAGAAAAAGUGUUUCAAUCUUUCUCAACAGUGGUUUGAGAGACAAAAUAGAUCAACUAAUGGCGUAUCGCUCACAAGAACUACCUAAUGCAAGGAGCGGCCAGCUUGAGAAAAAAGUAGGGGCACGUAUGACUAAAGAAUGGGGCAAGGAAGAGGAAGUGAUAUCACAUAUAGAAACACGAGCAGCCAGGGUUGAUGAUGAUGAGGAAGAAGCAUACUCGGGUUAUGAGGAUGACUUUGAAGAUGAUAAUAAUCCAAUUAGACAACAAUACCUCAAACCUGAGGAAUUAGUUGAUCAGAACAAAGCUUCACACACUUUACAGUCGUGGAGAAAUAAUCAGGACACUUUACCAUCAUGGAGUAAUGAUCAAGACAGGGGUGUCAGUGACGACUCCUAUCACCUUCCCUCUAAUUCUUUACCACAGCCUGAAUUAUCCAACAUUUACUCUCAUCACAAUCAACAAAGCUCCUCCUCCUCCACUAGACACCCUUCAAUCGAAAUGGAACUGAUAUAUGAAUUGCGAGGACACAUGGAGCAACUCCACCAAGAGAUUUUUGAAAUACGAAGAUCAAUAAACAGUUGCAUGAACAUGCAAAUGAAUUUACAACAUUCCAUUAAGGAUGAGGUUGCAGCUGCAAUAAUUCAGUCAGGUCCAGUGAUUGGGAGUAACUCGGAUAAGAAGGGUGCAAACAUAGCAAAUUGCUGUAUUUGUUAUGAGCAGCAAGUUGAUUCUCUCCUUUACAGGUGUGGGCAUAUGUGCACCUGUUUCAGGUGUGCCCAUGAAUUGCUUUGGGGCACCGGAAAAUGUCCGAUAUGUGAAACCCCCAUUAUAGAUGUUGUCCGUGCAUAUAUACACUCAUGACGUACAGGUUAACCGGAGUUUGUUCUGCUGAUGUCUAACUUUUUGCCCAAUGAGAGAUGAGCCGAAAGAUGAUUUUUCAUUUUCUUUUCCUUCUUUUUUUUGGUUUUAAUUGAAUCUUGUGAGCCAUGGAACUGUUUUAUGGCUAAUUUAUUUGUCUAUAACAGGUUUAGAUUUAGUGGAUGAAUGCUCACUCUCCCCUGGUUUUCACUAACCAUCUUUUGUAUACAAUAGGAGAAAAGAAAGCAAAGUUCUUUCUAUGACAUUAGAAAUUGUAUAUUUUCAAACUCUUUGUAACAACAAUUCAAAUGAAAAUUGGAAGAGUUCCUUACAUGUAAA